AAAAACACUCUGGAGGCCACAAUCGGCUCCAGCAAAGAACGGAGUAAAGCUGCGCUCCGCUCAGUUAACUUUGGUACGACCAUAACGAAACAGGUUACAUUUGAACUGGUGGUGCUAUUUUUAUUGCUGCAACGGAACUGUGAAAAAAUGUUAAAACUCUACUAUCUCCCGAGUUCGGCGCCUUCCCGAGCGGUUCAGAUGACGGCGAUGGCAGUCGGUGUGGAGCUGGAACUGAAAGAGCUAAAUGUGACAAAGGGCGAACCUCGCCGUCCGGACUAUGACCGAAUCAACCCACAGUACAGUAUUCCCACGUUGAAGGACAAAGAUCUGGUGUUAUGGGAAAGCCGUGCGAUUCAAAUCUAUCUUGUGGACCGCUAUGGAGAGAAUGACAACCUUUACCCUAAGGAUCCUGCCAAACGAGCAAAGGUCAACGAGAGAAUGUUCUUCGAUGCGUGCAUUCUCUAUCACCGUUUCGCGGAGUACUACCAUGAGCAAGUUUUCGGUGGACUGGAAGGAGAUCUCAAGAAACUGGGUGCGUUGGAGCAUGCCAUGAGUAUGCUGGACUUGUUUCUGGAGGGACAGCCUUACGUAACGGGGAAUGUCAUGACCAUCGUCGAUUUGAGCAUUCUGGCGACGGUUGCUACGAUGAAGGCGCUGGGGUUCGACCUGGAGCGUUAUCACAAUGUGCACGAGUGGUACAAACACAUGAACAAUGUCACUCCGGGAGCGCAGCUCAACGAGGAGGGGGCCAAAGCGUUCGGAACAUUUAGCUAGCCGUGAAGUUUAGUUUCUUAAUAUUCUAAAAUUAAAAAUGUGAUUUUAUUUACAGUU